GAAACACCAUCACUUCCAGUUAGCUUUUUACAGGUGUUUCCCCAUGUGCCAUAGGGGACCUUCCUACAGUGACAGCCCUAGAAAAAGAUACAGGAUAGCUCUCUGCAGUGCCUACACCGGAGGAAAUACCCUCUCUCUGCAGGGAAUCAUGGUGAAGUGGAAAGCAGUUGUGCACGCUAGCUUGUAGCUGUCACAAUAAAGAAAUUCAAUUUGAAGCCUACAGUUUCAUACAGUAUUUUAUAGAACAACAGUUGGAAAUAUGCUCAGCUAAGGAAAAUGAAAAAGCAAAGAUGGGGGAGAGGAGAGCUCUCAGAUUCUGUGGUAAAAUAUCAAGAGAAAGACAGAAAGGUGCAGUUUAUAUUGCAGCAAAGUUAUCUGAGGAUAUUAGGCAAUUUGGUGAAAAUUAUGUCUAUUCUUUGCUACAAAUGAUGCAGAAAUGCAAAAGAAACAAGUGGUUCUGGUAAUGGGUUGGGAAGAGAAAGCUUGCUAAGAAAGGAAAAUAUCCCCACAUGCUACAUACUCUGACUCUUGGACUGAAAACCCAAGAGUCAGAAUACUUGUUUGAAAACCCAUGUUUUGCCACUCUGUGGUGUGCUGUCUAUUUCCAGUAUCAUCAUUCUGAAUAAUUUCUUCAGGGUAGAACUGUCUCUCCAUUGACUGAAGAGUUGGUUUGCUUUGUUUUCUGUGACAGGCGGGGGUCAGAGGACCAUUCGUAAAGCAAAAGGCGCAAACCUUUGCUGGUUCUGUUGUCUCACAGAUUUCAUUCUGCUACAGCUGGUGGCUGAGCAUUUCUGCCUGGGAUGGCGGAGGAUCAGGAGCUGACUCAGCCACACAAAGCUCAACUCGAGCCCUCCCUGCAGCAGCGCACCAGCAACACAUACCGCAGUGCAGAGCACUCUCAGGCCUUGCUCAGUGGCUUGGUAUCUCUCCGAGACAGCAGCAUCCUCUUCGAUGUAGUUCUGGUAGUGGAAGAGAAACCUAUUGAGGCUCAUCGCAUACUUCUAGCUGCAUCCUGUGACUAUUUCAGCAUGUGCCAUUGUCUUUUUUACAGAGGAAUGUUUGCAGGAGGACUGAGAGAGAUGGAACAAGAAGAAGUUCAUAUUCAUGGCAUCUCCUACAAUGCAAUGUGUAAAAUCUUGAACUUCAUUUACACUUCUGAGCUGGAACUCAGUGUGAACAGUGUACAGGAAACCUUAGCUGCAGCCUGUCAGCUUCAGAUUCCAGAAGUCAUUAAGUUCUGUUGUGAUUUUCUCAUGUCCUGGGUAGAUGAAGAGAACAUCCUGGAUGUAUACAGACUAGCUGAUCAUUAUGACUUGAGACAUUUGAGUGAUCAGCUGGACUCCUACAUUUUGAAGAAUUUUGCAGCUUUCUCAAGGACACAAGUGUACCGACAGCUACCCUUGCAGAAGGUCUACUCCCUUCUCAGCAGCAACCGUUUAGAGGUUAACUAUGAGUUUGAAGUUUAUGAUGGAGCACUUUUUUAUCAUUAUUCUCCAGAGCAACUGGAGACAGAUCAGGUCUCCCUGAUGGAGCCCCUUAAGCUACUUGAGACAGUUCGUUUUCCUCUGAUGGAACCCCAGAUCCUGCAAAGGCUUCAUGACAAAUUAAGUCCCUGUCCUUUAAAAGAUACAGUUGCAGAUGCGUUAAUGUACCACAAGAAUGAAUGUCUUCAGCCAAUGCUUCAGAGUUCCCAGACACAGCUGAGAUCAGAGUUCCAGUGUGUAGUGGGAUUUGGAGGGAUGCAUUCUACUCCAUCCAUUGUCCUCAGUGAUCAAGCCAAGUAUCUGAACCCCUUGUUGGGAGAGUGGAGGCACUUUACAGCCGCAUUAGCCCCCAGAAUGUCCAACCAAGGGAUUGCUGUUCUCAAUAAUUUUGUGUAUUUAAUUGGCGGAGACAACAAUGUAAGUGGUUUUCGAGCAGAGUCAAGGUGUUGGAGGUAUGAUCCACGACACAACAAAUGGUUCCAGAUCCAGUCCCUACAGCAAGAGCAUGCUGACCUCAGUGUUUGUGUUGUGGACAACUAUAUAUAUGCCGUCGCAGGCCGAGAUUACCAUGAAGACCUGAGGGAAGUGGAGAGGUAUGACCCCAAAAGCAACACUUGGGAAUAUGUGACACCUCUGAAGAAGGAGGUAUAUGCACAUGCUGGAGCAGCACUGGAUGGGAAGAUGUAUAUUACUUGUGGGAGGAGAGGAGAAGACUAUUUGAAGGAGCUACAAUGUUAUGACCCCAAAACUGACCGCUGGGACAUUUUAGCAGAUGGCCCAGUGAGACGUGCUUGGCAUGGGAUGGCUGCACUGCUGGGAAAGCUCUAUGUAAUUGGAGGAAGCAACAAUGAUUCUGGCUACAGAAGGGAUGUUCACCAGGUUGCCUGCUAUAGGCCAAGCACUGAUCAGUGGACAAAUGUAUGUCCGCUUCCUGCAGGACAUGGAGAGCCAGGUAUUGCAGUCUUAGACAACAGGAUCUAUGUCCUGGGAGGCAGAUCCCACAACAGAGGAAUCCGCAUGGACUAUGUCCACAUUUAUGACGCAGAGAGAGACUGUUGGGAGGAAGGACCACAGCUGGAGGAUGAUAUUUCUGGGAUGGCUGCCUGUGUCCUCACUUUGCCCAGGGCUAUUUUAAUGGAAACAGAGAAAUGGUUCUCAGAAUGGCAUGCAGACCGCGUGAAGUAUCACCUUGACUUUCCAUCAGAAGUUAUGAGUGUAUCAGACUGGGAGGAAUUUGACAAUUCAAGUGAAGAUUAGAAAACUUUAAUAUUUAUUUUUUGCCAGUGGAUGAGAAAAUUAAGGCUUGGAGAAAAUACUUAGAGAUUUUAUAUGUCUUUCUUAUAUAUAUAAAUCAGUAUUUAAAGGUUUGAAAAAUAAGUGUUCUGCACAAAAUGCCAUUCACAAUCAAUAUCUGCCCAUCUGCAAGUGUUCUGCACAAAUGCCACUUACAGUCAGUACCUGCCCACCUGCCAGAAAGCAGCAUUUUUCAAGUAACCACAGAACUGCCAUUUUCCCCCAGUUAAAGUACAGAGGUUUCUUUCACUUUGCGGGAGACUCUUCUCAAUCUUCAGCAUGGACAGAAAAAAAGGCACAGAAGGCUCAGCUUGACUAGCUUCUUUCCUUCCAGCUUUUAGCUUGAAAUAGCUUUUUGAGAUUUUUUUUUUCCUUUUCAUUUUGGUAAUAGAACUUCCUAGCCAGUUUAACACAGGAAGGUAACACCUAGUGUCUCCCUCCUGUGCCAGGUGUCAGACAGCUUGAUGGGUUUUUCAGCAAGAUUGAACAUACUGAAACAGGAACAGUAGCAAGAAAGUCUAAACAUCUCAUCUGGGCAUGCAGCCAUCUUUGUAACUGGGUUAGAGUCUGUGAACUGACACCCACUCCUGAACUUCUAUACUACAAGUUCUCUCAACACAGUGGAAAGAAGAUUUCUAGAAAAAACUCUCUGUACAGAGUAUGGCAAUCUCAUGGUUCAACUGUCAGACACAUUUGUUCACAAGCAUAAAUUAAUAAAUCCUUGUCAGAACUUUUUUCUUUUUAA